AUGGCUGUCAUGAAGUUUGUUGCCUACUUCGUGGCGAUUGCAAGCCUUCUCACUGUUUCUACUGCUCAGAAGCAUCCCAAGGAGGAUCUCAUCCUCUGUGACUGUGGCAUUGGUGACAACAAAGAGCACCCUGAGUGGUCUACAUCCCGCCAAGUCAAUUGGUAUCAAGACAUCACCUGGCCUGACUCUGCCACCUCCUACCCUGCUGCCCCAAAUGAAGUUGUGGAGGUGCCAUUUGAGGAGGGAAUCUACCCAUGGACACCCGCAGGCGUCACAGCAACGCUACCCAAUGGCGACGUCUGGACGGCCUACAUUGAAGAUGGCACUCCGGAUGGAUUCAAGGCAGGAACAGCUGUCGGAACCAAAGAAGGUGGGCAGUCUCUCAACUGCUGGGCCUACCGCGGACGUCCUGUCAGUCGCGCUCUCAAUACGACCAUCAACGAGGAUGCAAUUUGUUGGUCUGCGUUUGUUUGCAACAGAGACUCUCAGCCUCCCAAACGACCAGAUGAUAUGACAAACCCUACUACCACCCCAGCAACCGUGUCCGCUCCUUCCGCUACGUCAGUGUUCACAACCUCGCCUACUGCCACAGGUGGCGGACCGCAACCUACACAGCCACCUAAAACCGGCAGCCUUCUCGUAAGUGCAGCCGUCAACCCCCGUUUCAUCAACUGGCAAAACACUUGGGACGCUUUCAUCUCGAACUUUGUUUGGGACCGGACCACUGGUGAUUGCAUUGGGGAUCCGAUCCGUGGAGAUGGCUUCAACAUAACACUCAAGUGUUCCGGAACCCAGAUUGACGAGGACUCUCAUAUGACUCUGCUUCUGAUCAAGGCCCUGAGAGACGUAGGUCUUACAAGUCUUUGGUUCAAUCAGAAUCCCGUCGUUCCCACUGGUACCAUAGGCCGCAGUAAUUCCACAAGCUGGGUCGUCAUGCCCGAGGCGUUUAGUCUCACAGCCAUUGACGCCUCCACAUCACAUGUCGUUGGGCAGAUAUCAUACAACACAAAGUACGACAACUUCCUAGCUGGACCUUGUUCAAUCUGCGAGGCUGCUCGUUUCGACAAGAGCUUCUUUGACCCACUGAUUUUGGCGUUGGAAGGGAGUUACCCAAAAUACUUCCGCUAUACGAUUCAGGCCAAUUGUGAACCCUGGAAAGUUUGCAAGUGA